GUGUGUGGCCUGAGUCUGAGAGUUUUAGAGAUGAAGGGAUGGGACCAGUGCCCUCAAAGUGGAAGGGAAUCUGCAUAAAUGAUGACCCCCAAAUUCUCCCAGUGAAAUGUAACAGGUUAAUUGAUAUUUUGCUUAGGAAGUUGAUUGGGGCCCGGUACUUCAACAAAGGGUACAAUGCAUUCGUUGGGAUGGUGAAUGACAGUGCUCCCCUUGCUCCCAACUCCCCUCGCGAUUUCGAGGGCCACGGGACACACACACUCUCAACUGCGGCAGGGUCCUUCGUCCCCAAUGCCAGCAUUUUUGGUUAUGCCUCCGGCACCGCUAAGGGUGGCGCCCCCGGUGCUCGUGUUGCUGCUUACAAGGUUUGUUGGCCCACAACUGAACAGAUCAGUGGUGGGUGCUUCGACUCAGACAUCCUUGCCGCCUCUGAAGCUGCCAUCCAUGAUGGCGUCGACGUGCUCUCUGUCUCUCUUGGGGGCGACCGCCCCUAUCCAUUUCUUGAGGAUGGUAUCGCCAUCGCAGCCUUCCAUGCUGUUUCGAAAGGCAUUUCUGUCAUUUGCUCGGUUGGGAACUCGGGUCCCAAACCUGGCUCUGCGACCAACAUCGCACCGUGGAUUCUCACUGUUGGUGCGAGCACUCUCGAUCGCGAAUUCCCGACUUAUGUUUCCAUUGGUGGCAAGCAUUUAAAGGGCGAAAGCCUUUCAAGUGCAUUGCCACAGGAGAAGUUUUAUCCUCUGAUCUCCGGUGCUGAUAUCUUAAAUCCCCGAUCAAAUUUUAGUCUUCUGAAUGCGAGGAACUGCUUAAUUGGCUCGCUUGAUCCAACAAAGACAAAAGGUAAAAUUGUUGCUUGCCUUCGGGGUGAUAAUGCCAGGGUCGAGAAAGGGGAGGCAGUGAAGCAAGCUGGAGGCAUCGGGAUGAUCCUAUGCAAUGAUCCGGACUCUGGAAACGAAGUUAUAGCCGACGCACAUGUGCUCCCUGCAGCCCACCUCACUCUAUCUGAUGGCGCACAAGUUUUCAGCUACAUAAAAUCUACCAAGAAUCCUAUGGCGUAUAUCACACGUCCAAAAACGUACCUGGGUUCCACCCCGGCUCCUGUAAUGGCAGCUUUCUCCUCACAGGGUCCAAACGUUAUCACUCCCGAAAUACUCAAG